AGAGUUAAACAUGGUCUCACAUGUGACAUUGUAUUCAGACCAAACUGGAAAAUCAGGAAGUGACAAGCCGCUCAAAUGCAGCUCCAACCCCUACAUUAGUGCACUACAUAGGGCAUGCUGAAAAGGCAUUCUGCACACUAUGUAGUGCACUGCACAUCUAAUAGAAGCUGGUAUUGAGAGUAGUGUCCACCGUGACGGUUCUUUAGGCAGGUGCGACCGAAACAUGACGGAAAAUAAAUCACUGAAUCGUCCAGACUGAGAUGAAUUUAUUGCCGUGUUCAUGUGUGCUCAUAAUUUUGGCAGUUUGUCGACUGGCAUCAUGUCAAGACCUGGUGCCCAUUCAGUUCCAAAGUUCCCCCGUGCUUGUGGCUACAGGAAACAAUGCCGUGUUUACACUGCAAACCAUUUCCAGUAUCUUUUCCAUCGCGUGGAUCGCUCCCGGAGGAGGCACCUUGGGUCAGUGGAUCAAUAACCAAGCUGUGCUUAAUCCGAUCGCACAGUACCAAGGCAGAGUGAGCAUCAGUGCCACCCAGCUCACAAUCAGCAACAGCCAACUGAGUGAUGCGGGAAUCUACACGGUCACCGUAACACCACUUGCUUCCACAGGACUGGCCACCAACUCACGCUCGGUCACUUUGUCUGUGUUUGUUGCUGUGGGUGCAGUAAACCUAGUCGUGCCCUCGCUGGCUAUAGAGGGCGGCAACGUGUCCUUGACCUGCAGCUGGACUUCAGGCACCAACACAAGCAUUAUAUGGGGUAAAGGUAGCACCAAUCUUCCCUCAGAUCCUCGCUUUGUGGUCAACGCUGGCUCUCUGGUUAUCAGCCCAGUAAACAGGAACGAUGCCGGCCAGUACAGCUGCACCGUCAGCAACCCAGUCAGCAGCCAGACUGCUACUGCAAGUCUCACCGUAUACUAUGGUCCAGACACCCCCCAGGUAACAAGAACCUCCUCCGAUUGUGUUGGUGGGGGAGAUGCCACCAUUGGCCAGACGGUCCAACUUACCUGCACGUCUGUCUCCCUGCCCCCUGCUCUUUUGUCAUGGCAACUGAAUGGUGUACCUCUGACAUCCAGCCAGGCAAACAGUGGCACGCUGAACUUGCAGAUUUUUUCCACCAAUCAGAGUGGCCAGUAUACAUGCUCAGCUAGUAACAGCAUCACAAUCCAAACGUCACAGCAGCAGAUUAGCCUCAGUGUCGUGAGUACAUGUCUAAGUGUAGGUGCGGUUGCUGGAAUUGUCGUGGCCUGCUUCGUAGCUCUCGUGUUAAUCAUCGUUGCCAUCAUACUGAUUAUACGCCAGCGGAAAGCUGAUCAGAGACUCAGGACAGUCAUUGGACAGCAGAAGCACAACCUGAAUGAAAGGCCAACAGUUAUUUCAGCUCCACAGAAUGGUCUUGACAAUCGUGGGUUUGUGAGCCAGGGUGACCAGCCUGACCCACCGGUGCACAACGAUAACAGACUUGUUAGAUCAAAGAAUCAACCAACCAAUGGCCAACACAACAACUAUAACAUCAAUAUGCAGACACAAAACAGAGCAACCAACACCAGUGCCAUCCUAUCCAACGGUCAUCUUAAUGCUGAUACAUUCUCACAUAAUGCCAACCUCCACUCCAGUGCCCGCCUACACAAUAGCCAGCGGAAUAGUGAUUUACAUCGACGCAACGCUGACUUGUCCCAACAAGAGGGCCAGCAGAACCCGAAUAUUCUCAUACAAACAGGCAACACGGCGCUCGGACCUCAUACAGUCCUCAUAAAUCUCAGUACACUACCACAGCACCAGAACGCCACCACACAGCCUCAAACUGUGCAAGUCAGUCUAAAUGCACCUCAGCCCCUUGUCCCUUCCGGACAACCGAACCAGAACACUGCACACUCUAACGAUCAACAAACCAAUACCAUCCAGCCGGAGCGAGCGAACGCUAGUCACUCAAAUCUUCAUCAUGUCCGAGGGUCAUGUUCGAGUCCUCAGACUAGGAUGGAUAAUGUUGGUAAUUUAGCACAACCCUCCCACAGUAGCACUACAAGAAAUGGACAACGCAGGGACCAGCAGGUCACCAACCAGACACGCUCGAGGCGCAAUACUGAAGAGACCUAUCCUAACUAUGAGUCGACUCGUAGACAGUCGGGAUACUCACUCGAUAGCUCAGAUGCUAAUACACACCGCGUCAGAUGCCUUGGGACCGUAUGCAUGGUACACCCGCGUAUCCAAAUCCUCAAAUGGACAGUUCCGAAUCCGAAAAUUCAACAGGGGAAAGUAGUUCAUCACAAUCAGUCAGUCAGAAUUCAUCUCAGCUCUAAGACCUGCGAGGUCUCCUGUGGAUGAACGGGUGCGGAACAUUUCCAGAUCUUCAAGAAGAAACUUUCUGAGACAGCUUGCUCACAGUGCUGCCCAGACACGUGCUCGUGCGGACCGCAGCGCAUCAACGCAAAUUGUGCAGCCUAACGUGAUUGCUGAGCCACGGGCUGAUCGUCAAAGUCGGAUACCUCCACAGACCAUCACGUCCCAGAGACAUGUCCCAGAGAGUGCACACGUCUCUGUUCCUCAAAAUCAGCUGUUCAAAUGCAGGCUGUUCAACCAACAAACUUGAACAAUCAGGCAGGUCCAGAUAAGAGGCAGACUGCUGUCCAUUCAAAUCUCCGAAUGCUGACUCAGGCUGCUUUGCAGCAGCACAACAUCCAGAAUCAACAGACUCAAGCUGCCUUGGGGCAUCCUGGAGCUCAGUCAACACCUGCUCAAACUCUUCCUGCUUUGCCGAUCAACAGGGCUGGUCAAGCUGCUCCGGUUCCCCUCCAGUUUUACGUCCAGAAGAGUUUAAAACUCUACCUCCAGUGCGUUUACAAAAACCACAUGCUGUUAUGCCAGUUCAGGUGAAGAGACGGCCUGUGGGCAUGCACCAUGGACAUAGACCGCAUAAAAUGCCAAUGCAUGCAAGAGCUACCCAUCACAAUCUUCACCCAGCAAACCCUCACAUGCAUCCCAAUGCACAAUGGCAAGGCAACACACAGGUCCACAGACGUAGACAAAGACCCUGAGACAGUACAGUCUGCAUUCUGAUAAAAAAAUAAACAAAUACAUUUUACGAUCAGUCCACGAGCCAAACUGUACUGCUGUCAACUACUCAUUAGUGGACAAAAUUCAGAGUGAGGUGCACAGGACUUGAUCUGUAUCCAAGCGAAAAACCGGGACAAGCCUCAGGAAACUGCUAAGCUCUAAGUAAUGAUCUUCCAGUUUAGUGCCGUUUAUUCAGCAAACGGGUACACAGAUGCUUCCUCUGACGCUGCUCAAUUAGCAGCGCCUCCGUGGACGAAGCGCUCGGCUAACUAUGAAGGAGAGCCACCGAACGGACACGCUCUUAUUUAUUAUGCACAUUUGUUUAUUGCUAAUGACUUGGAAAAAAAUGCUAACGACUUGGAGUGGAGGAGGUUAUCUUGAAGGACCCGGGCAAAUUGGAUUUUGUAACUAAGCACUACAAAGUAAUAAUUUGUUGUGACUGUCUGGGCUGAGGAGAAUGGCCUGAUACUUUAUGAAUCGUAUUGUUUUUACUUAUUUUUACAUGUAGAGUUUGUUUAUUCGUCAUAUUGCGUAAGUGUGUAUUAAAUUAUUUCCAUGUUA